GGCGCGCGUCCCCUCGGGGGUGGAGAGACUCAGCUCCGCCUACUCAGCCGUGAACCUGGGACCUGCCCUUCCCUAGGGAUCCCGCGGACCCCAGAGAACCCACGCCUGAGCCCGGUGCGACUCGUGGCCCUGGGCGAAGAGCCAUGGACGCCUUCAUCCGCUUCACCAACCAGACCCAGGGCCGGGACCGACUCUUCAGAGCCACUCAGUACACAUGCAUGUUGCUUAGAUAUUUGUUAGAGCCUAAAGCUGGCAAAGAGAAGGUGGUAAUGAAGCUCAAGAAACUGGAGUCCAGUGUGAGCACUGGCCGUAAAUGGUUCAGACUAGGCAAUGUGGUACAUGCUGUGCAGGCAACCGAGCAGAGCAUUCAUGCCACUGACCUGGUACCUCGCUUAUGCUUAACACUAGCCAACCUGAACCGUGUGAUUUAUUUCAUCUGUGACACCAUCCUCUGGGUGAGGAGCGUAGGUCUCACCUCUGGCAUCAACAAAGAGAGAUGGCGAACAAGGGCUGCCCGCCACUACUGCUAUUCUCUUCUGCUGAGCCUGGUCAGGGAUCUGUAUGAAAUUUCCCUGCAGAUGGAACAAGUUAUACAUGACAAGGCAAAGAAAGAGAAAUCAGCAUCCCAGGAUCCUUGUGGGUACAGCGUGGCUGAUGAAGAAACAGAAUGGCUCCAGUCCUUUCUGCUUCUCUUGUUCCGAUCUCUGAAGCGUCAUCCUCCCUUGCUCCUGGACACAGUGAAGAACCUCUGUGAUAUCCUGAACCCUUUGGACCAGCUGGGGAUCUGUAAGUCCAAUCCUGGCAUCAUUGGACUGGUAGGUCUUGUGUCCUCUAUAGCAGGCAUGAUCACUGUGGCGUAUCCUCAGAUGAAGCUGAAGACCCAUUAGGGUGUUUGCAGGCUUGGAACUAGUACCUACUUUAAAAGAUGGCCUCUUAGUGGGAUAGACAUUUGUGUAACUCACAGGCCAUGUCACACUGCUUACGUUCUUGUUCAUGUGAGCAUUUAGCAACCUGUGAUGUGUGCAGAGGUGAGGCCAAGAACAGAGAAGGGAGGAGCAUGAAGAGUGGAAUGUUUUUGGAGUGCUGGAGUGACUUGUGAAUUUCUGAAUAUUUUCCCUUCAUCUAACAUUGAUUGGACAUCUCUUAUGCGCAUAGUAGGAGUUUAGUAUUUGCUGAAUGAAUAAAAAUUGAAAAGAAAAAAUUUAAAAAGACCCAAUCACACUGAUCAUUGAGGACUAAUAUACAGUAACUUUAGGGUUAUGUGGCUCAUUGUUGUCACAGGAUUACGGCAGUCUGGUGCACAGUGCUCUCAGAUCUAGUGCAGGCUCUGGUGUCAGCAGCAGGAUGGAGGAGAGCUGUGCUUACAGCCUCCCAACUUGUUGGCCCUCACCAUCACUGCACCCAUGUCCCUGCUCAGUCCCGAAGGCGAAUCAGAAAAGCAUCAGGCACCUUCAUGGAAUAAAUUGUGUCUGUGGGUGCAGUGAAUAAGCAAAAAUCAGGAGCAGACAGGAGGGACUCAUAGAAAUAGGUAGAGGUUCACAAUGGGUGCCUAUAUGUAGCCUGUGACAGAUAAGAGGCUGACAGUGAAACAAGCAAAAGACAACGGAGGCUAAAGCCUCGUUCCUCUGACAAUAGACUCCUAAUCCAGCAAAAAACAACUGAGGCCACAGCCUUGUUCCUCUGACUCCGAAUCCAG